AAAUAAGGUCCACAAUUACUAAAAUACUAGCAUUUUGAUGGGCUUUGUGCUAAGUCUAUCUCCAACACUUUGUUGAUCAUGUUCUAAUACUGUUUAGUAGCUCUUUUGGACUCUUUUAGAUAACUACAUUUGAAAUUAGGAUCUGGUUUGUAAAUCGAACUCUCUAGUACUGUAAUAUAGUUCCCCUGAUUACCUAUCAGGAAAUGAAUGAAUAGAGUGGGAGGUUGUAACUCUCAAGCUUUGCAGGGAUUGUUGCGAUGAAUGUUUUAAGUAUUCAAAACAGAAUCAAGGAACAUUGUUUCAUCUUUUGUCUGUGUAGAAAGAUCAGAACUCCGAUGAAUAGAAGCCUUCUCUUGUCAUUCUUCUUUUUAGGCUUAGCGGGGGUAUUUGGCAACCAAUUGUUGUUUCUUAUUGGUCUUACAUACACAAAUCCUACUUAUGCUGCUGCCAUUCAACCAUCAAUCCCGGUUUUUACCUUUAUCUUGGCUGUAAUGAUGGGUACAGAAAGAGUGAAUUUGUUGAGAAUCGAAGGUCAAGCUAAGGUUGGAGGAACACUUGUGUGUGUUAUGGGUGCCGUAUCUAUGGUUUUAUUUCGAGGUCCGGCUUUGCUAGGAGAUGAAGAUGCAGACUUUGCAAUGAACCAUGAAAUGAGUGCUAAAGGUCAAGCUGCGCCUGCUGGGUGGUUAGUCUCUGCCUUUAUCGGUUUUGGGUUUGAGCAAUGGCACAUUGGUGUUUUAUGCUUGAUUGGAAAUUGCAUGUGUAUGGCUGCUUUUCUUGCCAUUCAGGCGCCGGUCUUGAAGAAGUAUCCGGCAAAUCUUUCAGUUACUGCACUGUCAUACUUCUUCGGUACAGUAUUAAUGGUCACAACAGCUUUCUUUAUGGUGAAGGAGCCAUUAGACUGGAGGCUUACACAAUCUGAAGUUCUUGCAGUUAUAUAUGCUGGAGUUAUCGCAUCAGCACUAAACUAUGGACUCUUGACUUGGUCCAAUAAGAUUAUUGGCCCCGCCUUGGUUGCUCUCUACAAUCCUCUUCAGCCUGCUGCAUCAGCUUUUCUAUCGAGAAUCUUUCUCGGUAGUCCUAUUUAUCUCGGAAGCGUGGUGGGUGGUUUUUUUAUCAUCUUAGGACUCUAUAUGGUCACUUGGGCAUCAUUCAGAGAGCGGAAAACAACAAUUUCCGAGAUUGGGAUGGUGUCUCAUGGUGCAAAAACCUCGGAGCCUCUGAUAUACAAUGCGUCAGUUAGCAGAAUAGGGCAGUUGUUAGCUGGGUUACCUAGCUCCUCUGUGAAAUCUACAGACUAAAAAUAAACCAUAUGUAGUUAAGAAUCAAAGAGCAGAACCCAUUUUACACAAGUUUUAACUUUCUGUUACUUUCAUAUCUUACUAAUAUAUUAUUGAGAAUUAAUCACAUAUUAGAGUUUUUAC